AGCAUUCCUAGACUUCAAUUUUAUUGCAUGCAAAAAGAGGAACUUGAAAAUAUGGGAGUUGAACUUGUAAACAUGGGAGCCGAACUUGUAACCAUGGGAGCUGAACUUGUACCUGCUACUGGUGCUGCGAUGGCAGCAACUCCAGAGGCACACUCGGCUGCUGGACCGAUUACAACUGCAAAAGGUGAGGAACAUCAAGCAAAUGUGUGCGCUGGAAUGACUGGGCAACAACGGCGGUUGCAGUUCCUCCUCCUGUGUGAUGCUUUUAACAGCAUGACGCAGCGAGCCAAGCUUGAGCUGGAGAGUCUGGGGCACGAGGCUGUGGUGGGGGUGUGGGAGACGAAAGGUGCCACCAUAGCCAUGAUCAAGCAGGUGAAACCUGAUGUCAUUCUCUGUCCUUAUCUGACAAAGUUUGUUCCGGCAUCAAUUUAUGAAAACAGGGAUGUGCCUUGCAUCAUCGUGCACCCAGGGAUAGAAGGGGAUAGAGGCAUGUCCUCCAUCGACUGGGCGCUGCACGAUGGGGCAAAGGAAUGGGGUGUGACUUUGCUGCAGGCGGAUCGCGAGAUGGACGCCGGUCCCAUCUGGGCGACCAAGACGUUCUUCAUCGAGCGCGAACACCCGACAAAGUCCAGCCUUUACCGCAUCGAGUGCAUCGAUGUGGCCAUGGUGUGCAUCCGCGAGUUCGUCUCUAAGCUGCAAAGUGGCCAACAGCCCCGCCCUCUGGACUACAGCAAGCCUGAUGUGAAAGGCCGCUUACGACCAAGGAUGCUAGCAGACGACAGGACCGUCGACUGGAACCUACCCGCACACGAAAUUGCCCGCAUUGUGCGCUGCUGCGACUCACAACCUGGUGCCAUGGGAACCAUACUCAACAAGCUUGUUCAUCUCUACGGUGCCCACGUCGAGAAGCAACCUGACGGCAACUUGAAGGCACUUGUAGAUGAGAGGCAGCCAGGGGAUGUGAUAGGCAGUAGGCACAACGCCAUUCUCGUCUGCUGUGGAGACGAAACAGCACUCUGGAUCAGUCAUGUCCGUCUAGCGACAUCACUGAUCAAGCUCCCAGCAACCAUGGCAUUGUUCCCGGAUGCAGAGCCACCAAUUGAGCUGCCCCACAUUGCAGAGCCGAAGGUCGUGCUUCCGUUCGGGCAGUGGCCGGCUGCUUCCACAUUCCAGGAGAUAUUCCUUUGGCAGCGAGCGAGGAUUGCCUACCUGUGGUUUGACUUCUACAAUGGGGCAAUGAAUACAGAGCAGUGUCAGAGGCUCACACAGACCAUCACUGAAAUCGAGAAGGAUGAGAGCACAGAUGUGAUGGUGUUGAUGGGAGGCAGAGAUUUCUUCAGCAACGGCAUCCACCUCAACACCAUCGAGGCGGCAGACGAUCCUGCAGAGGAGAGCUGGAGAAACAUAAACGCCAUCGACGAUGUCGUCAAGUGCAUCCUCACCAGCACCAAGUUGACCAUAGCUGCGUUGGUUGGAAAUGCGGGAGCAGGUGGGGUCAUGACCGCCAUCGCCGCAGACUUGACGUGGACUCACGCGAAUGCCGUUUUGCACCCGAGCUAUAAAGCCAUGGAUCUCUUCGGAUCCGAGUACUGGACGCACUCCUUGCCCAAGCGUGUAGGCAGCGAGGUGGCACACCAGUUGACGUCUAGCACUGACCCGGUCUCCGCACGACAGGCCCUUUCUCUGGGACUGAUCGAUGACAUCCUGUGUGAAAACAGCCUUAGAUUUGUUGAGCAGGUGGUUAAGCGGGCCGAGGAGAUAGCUCAGGACCCAGCAACUCUGCAACAUAUGCCGGAAAAGAAGGGCAGAUGCAGAUGUCCCCAGUUCAUGGCCGCAUUGGAGUCAUGCAGACGGAACGAGCUUGAAAAGAUGAGGGUCUGCUUCGCAAGCGAAAUGUACCAUGCCAAGCGUCGCGCAUUCGUCACAAAGUCCCGUCUCAUGUCUUGCCGCCAAUAGGAGAAGCAAGUUAUGACUACAUGUCAUAGAGCUCUUCUCAAUGUUCUCAUCAGCAUGUCUUGGAAAUUG